AUGUCGGAAGAUGUCCUCGGCGGGAACUCGGAGGUCAGCAGUUCCUGGCCGUCUUCCUCUUCCUCCAGCGGCCCCUCAACCAAGUUUGACUUGGACAAGGAGACAGAGCUGCGGCUGGAGGUGGAAGGCCCAGCCCCCGUUCAGGUGGAGUUGGUUUCAGGCCUCGCCGAAGUGUUCGGCACCGAGCUGGUGAAGAACAAGAAGUACACAUUCCCGCCGGGUAGCCGAGCCGCUGUCUUCACCUGGCAUGGGUGCACCGUUCAGCUGUUCGGGAGCCCGGACACAGCGUAUGUCUCCAAGGAUACCCCCAUGCUCCUUUACCUCAACACCCACGUGGCCCUUGAGCAGAUGCGGGUGCAGGCAGAGCGGGAAGGAGAGCGCGGGCCUCGGGUGCUGGUGGCCGGGCCAUCUGACGUGGGUAAAUCAACGCUCUGCCGACUGCUCCUAAACUACGCGGUGAGGAUCGGGCGGCGGCCAGCCAUGGUGGAACUAGAUGUCGGGCAGGGCUCGGUGUCGGUCCCGGGGACAGUUGGGGCUCUGUGUGUGGAACGGCCAGCUGAUGUGGAGGAAGGGUUCUCAACUCAAGCUCCGCUUGUUUAUCACUUUGGCUCCACUACGCCAGGGACGAACAUCAAGCUCUACAACAAGCUGACCUCCCGUCUGGCUCAGGUCUUCAACCUGCGAUGCGACUCCAAUCGUCGAGCUGCAGUCAGUGGCUGCAUCAUUAAUACUUGCGGUUGGGUCAAAGGCGGCGGCUAUCAAGCCAUAAUACACGCCGCUUCUGCUUUUGAAGUGGAUGUCGUGAUCGUGUUGGACCAAGAACGUCUGUACAACGACCUCCACCGAGACCUCCCACACUUUGUCCAUACCAUUCUGCUCCCUAAAUCUGGUGGAGCUUCAGAGAGGUCCAAGGAGUGCCGGAGGGAGGCCAGAGAUCAGCGGGUGCGGGAGUACUUCUACGGCCCUCGGGGUUCUCUCUACCCUCACGCCUUCGAGGUGAAGUUCUCCGAGGUCAAAGUCUACAAAGUCGGAGCUCCCUCAAUCCCUGAUUCCUGCCUUCCUCUGGGCAUGUCGCAGGAGGAUAAUCAGCUGAAACUGGUGCCAGUGACACCGGGCAGAGACAUGGCUCACCACCUGCUCAGCGUGGUGCCUCUCGAUGGUGGACUACCGGAUGAAAGUAUUGAGGAGAAAAACGUGGCAGGGUUCAUCGUCAUUACUGGUGUGGACAUUGAAAGGCAAACUCUGACGGUGCUUUCCCCGGCACCACGACCUCUGCCCAAAUGUGUCCUGCUCAUUAUGGACAUCAGAUUCAUGGACCUUAAAUGA